AACGAUGACGAAUGCGAUCCAUUAACACUGUUCCGGGACCCGUUCAAAAUGGACAUCAAAUAGCGGAGGCAGGCUUCCCAAUCGACCCUUCCUUCCCCGCUUCUUUCGUCCUUCUGUUCUUCGUCUUCGGUGGCAAUCACUAGCCCCGAUCUGAUCCUCGAUCAUCAGCGACAGCAUUCGAUCUCCAUUGCACGGAGAGAGACAGAUAAUGGAGAACUUGAUUUCUUUGGUGAACAACAUCCAGAGGGCUUGCACCGCCCUCGGGGAUCACGGGGAGGAGAGCUCCUUGCCGACCUUGUGGGACUCGCUGCCGGCGAUCGCUGUCGUAGGAGGGCAGAGCUCAGGUAAGUCUUCAGUAUUGGAGAGCGUAGUUGGAAAAGACUUUUUGCCAAGGGGUUCAGGAAUUGUUACUCGUCGCCCUCUUGUUUUGCAACUUCAUAAAAUUGAUGAAGGAAGAGAGUAUGCAGAGUUUAUGCAUCUUCCAAAGAAAAGGUUCACAGACUUUGCUCAAGUUCGGAAGGAAAUUGAAGAUGAAACAGAUAGAGAAACAGGGCGAUCAAAGGCAAUCUCCUCCGUUCCAAUUCAUCUUAGUAUAUCUUCUCCUAAUGUUGUAAACUUGACACUUGUUGAUCUUCCUGGACUGACAAAGGUAGCAGUUGAUGGUCAACCUGAGAGUAUUGUGGCUGAUAUUGAGAAUAUGGUUCGUGCAUAUAUCGAGAAGCCUAAUUCAAUAAUUCUUGCAAUUUCUCCAGCCAAUCAGGAUCUGGCUACAUCUGAUGCAAUUAAGAUAUCUCGUGAAGUGGAUCCUAAGGGGGAGAGGACAUUUGGUGUGCUUACUAAAAUUGAUCUUAUGGACAAGGGCACUGAUGCAGUUGAUAUAUUGGAAGGAAAGUCAUACAAGAUGCAAUUUCCAUGGAUUGGUGUUGUUAAUCGAUCACAAGCUGAUAUUAACAAGAAUGUUGACAUGAUUGCUGCCAGGCAUAGAGAACGUGAGUACUUUGCCAAUACACCAGAAUACAAGCAUCUUGCUCAUAGAAUGGGCUCAGAGCAUUUGGCUAAAAUGCUUUCAAAGCAUUUGGAACAAGUUAUCAAGUCUCGGAUUCCGGGCAUCCAAUCUCUUAUAAGUAAAACCAUAACUGAGCUUGAAAUGGAACUCGGCCGUCUGGGGAAACCUAUUGCUGUUGAUACUGGUGGAAAAUUGUACUCAAUCAUGGAAAUUUGUCGUACUUUUGAUUCAAUCUACAAGGAACACCUUGAUGGCGUGCGUCCUGGUGGUGAGAAGAUCCAUAAUGUCUUUGACAGUCAACUACCAGCUGCUCUAAAAAGGUUACAGUUUGACAAGCAUCUGUCAAUGGAGAAUGUAAGAAAAAUCAUCACUGAGGCUGAUGGAUACCAGCCUCACUUGAUAGCUCCUGAGCAAGGUUAUCGUCGCCUUAUUGAAUCUUCACUAAUUUCAAUAAGAGGCCCAGCAGAAUCAACUGUUGAUGCGGUCCAUUCUAUAUUGAAGGACCUAGCCCACAAGGCUAUCAGCGAAACCUUGGAAUUAAAACAAUACCCUACUUUGAGAGCUGAGGUCGGGAAUGCGGCCGUUGAGUCCUUGGAGAGAAUGAGGGAAGAAAGCAAGAAAGCAACUCUAAAGCUGGUAGACAUGGAAUGCAGUUAUUUAACUGUAGAUUUCUUCAGGAAGCUUCCUCAGGAUGUUGAGAAGGGUGGAAAUCCAACACACUCCCUUUUUGAUAGAUACAAUGAUUCAUACCUCAGACGUGUAGGAUCUACUGUUCUGGCUUAUGUGAAUAUGGUAUGUGCAAGCUUGCGGAAUUCGAUACCUAAAUCUAUUGUUUACUGCCAAGUACGUGAGGCUAAGCGCUCCUUGCUCGAUCUUUUCUUUACUGAUAUAGGAAAAAGAGAGGGAAAGCAGCUAGGAAAGUUACUGGAUGAAGACCCUGCAAUUAUGGAACGUAGAAUUUCACUUGCAAAGAGAUUAGAGCUAUAUAGAAGUGCCCAAGCGGAGAUUGACACUGUCGCAUGGGCCAAGUAGCGCUUGCCAUAUCAUCUUGCCUUUUACUUUUAUUCCAGAUUUUCUCCCUCGCUCAAGGUGUUAUUUUUUUUUUCCAUUAUUGUUCGUUCGUUCGUUCGUUCAUUCAUUCAUUCAUAACUGCUUCUACGUAGUUAAACUACGUCUUUAUUUAUCCUAUUAGUUCAUUGAACAAAGCCACUCUGCAUGCCCUAAUGCAAUCGAUGUAUUUAGUAUCAUCUUAAAAAAAUAAUAAUAAAUUGAAUUAGUCGAUAGAUUCCA